AAUCAUUAGUAAUAGUGAAAACAUGUGAAUGUGAAUAUUAAAUUAUUUUCAAUUAACACUUUAUUUAAAAAAUUUUUGCUUCUUUUAUUUUUUUUUUUGACACAAAAACUAAGUAAAUAGACAUCAAUUAAAAAUGACGGAAGUUCAACGUUUCUAUGAAGGUCAAAAUAUCUUCAUAACAGGUGGAACUGGAUUUAUAGGAAAAAUUUUAAUAGAAAAAUUGCUUCGAAGUUUUCCACAAAUUGGAAAAAUUUAUAUAUUAAUUCGUCCAAAAAAGGGGAAAGAUAUAAAAACACGAUUGGAUGAAUUUUUUUCAGUACAAGUAUUUGAAGUUUUGGAAAAAGAAAAUCCAAAUUUCAGAGAGAAAAUAGUAGGAAUCAGUGGAGAUGGAACAAAACCUGGAUUAGGAAUGUCAGCUGAAGAUUGUUUACUCCUUACAAAUGAGGUGUCAAUUAUUUUUCAUGCAGCAGCUACUGUUAAAUUCAAUGAAAGAUUAUCAAUGGCUGUUGCCAUUAACGUCAAUGCAGUAAAAGAAUUAAUUAUUCUUUGUAGAGCUUGCAAAAAGUUAAAGUCAGCAGUUUACGUGUCCACAGCUUUUAGUAAUUGUAUUUAUAAAAAAAUUGAAGAAAAAAUUUAUCCAUCUAUAACUUACGAGGAAAUUAAUGCAGUAGUAAAUAUAAUGAAAAGAAAAAAUUUAACAGACGAAGAAGAAGAGAAAAUGACAAAGAGCCUUCUAGGUAAAUUUCCCAACACUUAUGCUUUUACAAAAGCAAUAGCUGAAAAUUUAGUGAAUGAAAAUGCGAAGGACUUACCAUUCUGCAUAUACAGAUUUUCAAUAGCAUUAUCAACAUAUAAAGAACCAUUUCCUGGAUGGCUAGACAAUAAUCAAGGUCUAAAUGUAGCUAUGUCACAAAUUGGCCGAGGUUUUAUUCACGUCAUUUAUGCAGAUCGCAAUGCAAAAUGUGAUUUUGUACCCGCUGAUUAUGUUAGCAAUGCAUUAAUUGCAUCUGCUUGGGGAAAUCAUGCAAUUCAAAGAGGAAAAAAUGAAGAUGUUCCAGUUUACAAUUACGUUUCGGGUAGGGAUAAUCCUCUUCUAUGGAACGAUAUGAGAAUGUUAAUGGAGGAAUAUAGAAGGUCAAAACCAAUUUCCAAAUCCAUCUAUUAUCCAUGCGGAUGGUUCAUGGACUCUAAAACAUUAUUUCUUGUUUUUAACUUUUUUUUACACUUAUUACCAGCAUUAGUGGGUGAUUUAGUUUUAAAAUUAAUUGGAAGAAAGCCAAUACUCUAUAAUAUUUAUACCAGAGGAAUGAAAUUAUUAGACAUUUUAGUGCCAUUCAUGACUCAAGAAUGGGAAUUCGAUACUCACAGGAUACAAGCUCUAUGGAAUAGACUCUCAGAGGAUGACAAAAAAUUACUAUCAUUUGAUAUUACCACAAUUAAUUGGAAUGAUACAAUGAAUGUAUAUAUGGAUGGUAUUAGAAAAUUUAUUAUAAAAGAGAAUAAUGACGAGCACUCGAUAAAAAAAGGCCAACGACAUAAUCAAAAUUUCGUCAUGUCAAAAAUUCAAGAAUUUUAUAGUUAUCAAAGUGUAUUUAUCACAGGUGGAACAGGAUUUUUAGGAAAAGUUCUUAUUGAAAAAUUACUUCGAUCAUGUCCAAAGAUAAAAGCCAUUUAUAUUUUAGUCCGUCCGAAAAGAGGGAAACAAAUUCGUGAUCGAGUUAAAGAACUGAUUAGUUCACGUAUGUUUGAACCUCUAAAAGAAAUAGAUCCAAAUUUUGACAAAAAAAUUGUACCACUGGCUGGAGAUAUAAUAGAACCUAAUUUUGGACUGUCGACUGCAGAUUUAGAUUUACUUAAAAGAGAGGUUUCGAUUGUAUUUAAUGCAGCAGCGACAACAAGAUUUGACGAAACAUUGAAAACUGCACUUAAAGUGAAUGUUGAUAGUGUAAAAACUAUGAUUGAUAUCUCCAAAGGAUGCAAAAAUUUAAAGGCUUUCGUAUACGUGUCAACAGCAUUUAGUAACUGUAUUUAUGAGCAUAUUGAAGAAAAAGUUUAUCCAGCACCACUGUCACAUGAAAAACUAACCGAACUUGUCGGUGUCAUGGACCAAUUAAAUAUGUCUAAAGAAGAAGAAAUUAAAUUCACAAAAUUGGUCAUUGGCAAGUUUCCCAACACAUAUUGUUUUACGAAAGCAGUCGCCGAAGACCUCGUUAAUCAAAGUGCAAACGAACUUCCAGUUUCCGUUUACAGAUUUUCAAUUGCUCUGGCAGCACUAAAAGAACCUUUAGAAGGAUGGGUGGAUUCAAAACAAGCGGUGACUCAGACUUUAAUAGGAAUUGCUUCGGGUAUUAUUCGAGUGAUUUAUGUAAACAAAGAAGCAAAGAUGGAAACAGUACCAAUUGAUUUGGCUUGUAAUUGUCUGAUUGCUUCUGCAUGGGAUACGUCAUCUAGUAAAAAGAACGAACAAAAGAGUGUGCAAGUGUAUAACUACGUUUCCGGAAGAGACAAUCCUGUGACUUGGGACUAUUUGGAAACUUAUCUUCGUACUCAACGUUAUAGAUUAGCAUUGAAAAAAACAUACUACCAUCCUGAUAUAAUAAUGAUUGAUUCCCUCUACUUAUUUCUUAUUCUCCACUACACAUUGCAUUUCAUUCCAGCCAUUUUAGGAGAUGUAUUUUUAAGAAUACUAGGAAGAAAACCAGUGUUACACAAAGUUUUUAAAAAAGGAACAAAAUUGGUAUGGGUAAUACGAUUUUUUACCAAUGGAAAAUGGAUUUUUGACACAGACAAUGUUAAAUCGUUGUGGGAAAAACUCUCUGAGAAUGAUAAGAAACUAUUUAAUUUCGACAUUUCUUCAUUUACUUGGGAUGUAAUGCUACGAACUCAUUGCGAGGGGGGUAAAAAGUUUAUAUUAGAAACGGAUCUAGAUGAAGAAGGACAAAAGAAAGCUUGUCGCAGAGUAAGAAGGGUUUCUAUUGUAUUUCAUGUAGCAGCGACAACAAGAUUUGAUGAACCAUUGAAAACUGCACUUAAAGUAAAUGUUGAUAGUGUAAAAACUAUGAUUAACAUCUGCAAAGAAUGCAAAAAUUUAAAGGCUUUCGUUUAUGUAUCAACAGCAUUUAGUAAUUGCAUUUAUGAGCAUAUUGAAGAAAAAGUUUAUCUAGCUCCACUGUCACAUGAAAAACUAACCGAACUUGUCGGUGUCAUAGACGAAUUAAAUAUGUCCAGAAAAGACGAACUCGAAUUCACCAAAUUAGUUCUCGGCAAGUUCCCAAACACAUAUUGCUUCACAAAAUCAAUUGCUGAAGAAGUUGUCAGCAACAAUGCAAAAGAACUUCCAGUUUGCAUUUACAGAUUUUCAAUUGCUGUAGCUGCUCUAAAAGAACCUUUACAGGGAUGGGUGGAUACAAAACAAGGAAUAUCACAGGCUUUAAUAGGAAUUGGUUCAGGUCUUAUUUGAGUGACGUAUGCAAAACCAAGUGCUAAUAUGGAAAUAGUACCAGUUGAUUUGGCUUG